UUGACACAUCAAUGCAAAAACUACCAAAAAAAAAAGAAUUUUUUUAAUUAUAGAAUCUCAUUUUUAACCCUCAGGUUUCUUGUUUUUUUUUUUUCAACAGUUAUCAUCAAUAACCGAUGUUUUCAGGCAAACUGUGGUACGGCACAAACUGACUAUGCACCUUGUAUAUCAAAAAUUCGUGCAAAUUCUAUGUUCAAACAGUGCUGCCAGCAAUUUGCUCCAGAAGGAUGUCAUGAACUUUGUCAAUAUGAAACUGAAGAAGUUGUUGCUCGUAAUUUGUUGAUGCGCGUUAUAAGAAACAGUAACUGCAGUUUAAAAAACAUUGCCGCUGUCCUGUUUUGCGCUUCUCAAAAUCAGGAUAAUCGUAAAUGCUGUGAACAUCUAAGUAUGGCAGAUCCAAAACUUGGUGUUGGAAAUCGUUGCUUAAGAUUCUGUGAUCCUGCUGGUGAAGGAAUCAGUAAAAUUGCAAGGAAUGACGUCACCUGCCUGUUCAACUGGAAUGUCUUAAUGUACUGCCAUCACAGCGGGAUACCACAGGAAUGA